AUGGGAAGGUCUGAGAGAAAGAUAGCUGUCAGAGAAAGAACAAGAACAAAAGAGGUGGAAGGAAAGAGAGCCACCAAACCCAAAGAGAAAAAGGAAACACUGCAUGCAAAAGCAGCAGGCAAAAAAGAGGAAGCAGAGGACGCUGAAAGAAAGGAGAAGCAGAGAGAAAAUGAAAGAAAAAGACCACUGAAAAAAGCUCUGGACAUCUCUGUUAGAGAGGAAGAGAGGAGAAAGGAGGAGAAACAAAAAGAGGAGGAAAAGGAAAAACAAGCACCGGUAAAGGGCAAAAGAGGCCGCCCAAGGAAAGAGCCCACAGAGCCAAAGCCAGCGCAGCCAAGAAAGAAAAGAGGACCAAACAAGAAGAAAACAGACGGAGAGAUAGAAGUAAAAGUGAAAAAAGAGAAAAAAGAGAAAAAGAUUAAAAAACCACUUUUACCAAAAAAAGUAAAAAUACCCAAGCAGCGGAUAAAGAAACUGGACAAAAUAGACGAAGUGCUAAACGAUCCAUCGAAGAAAGAGCACAUAAAAAAGCGCAUUGAGGGCCUCGUGAUAGAGGGAAGAGCAGAGGAAAUAAAGCAAAUAGCAGAGUACAUGGGCGACAGCACAAGACACACCAUCUACAUACACGGAAAGCCAGGCACAGGAAAGACGUAUGUCAUGGAGAAGAUAGGCAAUUUGCUCGGAGAAGAGAAUGUAGAGGUGUACUACAGCAAUCUGCUGAUAGACAAGUCUUUUAUAAGAGUGGAGAGCUCCAUUGAGCCAUCGAUCACAGUUGUUUUAAUAGUGGAUGAAUUUGAAGGGCCAAAAAAGGACAAGCUUUUUAUAAGACAGAAAGAAAAGCUGGAGAGACAGUUUAAGAGGGAAGAAAGGCCGAAGUACAGUUUUAAGGUGGUUUUUAUAAGCAAUGAGUACAACAGCAAAGGCGUGCAGUUUAAGCCGUAUGCAAAAGACAGCGUGCAGCAGAUAGUGGAAGUCAGGCAGGAGGCUGCGGAGGUGGAGAGCAUCCUAAAGGUGAACGCAGGAGUAGAGCAGAAAGACCUCAGAGCCGUCAUGACAAAAAAGAUAGAGCCAAUAAAAACGAACAACGGCGAGUCGAUUGGGCAGUACCACAAGUUCAUAAAGGAAAAGGUGGCACAGGGCGAAAUGGACGUAAAUGUUAUAUACAGCGAGUUUCUGCAGGAAAUGAAAGAGAAAGGAAUAUCAGUGAUGCCAAAGGAGGUCAUACAGGAAAUAAUAGAAGGAUAUCUAGAUGGAACUCUUUGA